AUGCUCGCCUGGUUCUUGUUCGGCAGUGCCGUGGCCUAUAACUUGGUCAUGAUCAUUUAUCGUCUUCAGUUCCAUUCACUCCGUCGAUUUCCGGGUCCUCGUCUUGCUGCUGCGACGGGGCUCUAUGAGAUCUACUUUUCAGCCUGGGGCCCUGGCUUCUUCGAAAAUGAGAUCCACCAGAUGCACCAGAAAUACGGUCCUGUGGUUCGCAUUACCCCGGAUGAGGUUCAUGUCCAGGAGCCAUCUGGGUCUGUGAACUAUGCCGACUGCUGGAUUAAGGGGACGCGGGCAUUGGAGGCAGGCCGUCCAUUGCGACACACCCAUUUCCAAAUCAGGAAGCGAUCCAUGUCUCGAGUUCGGUCUUUGAUUCGUGUGGAGGUCCACCAGAUCAUCUGCGGUCUGAUCGAGAAGCACCAGGUACAUAAGGUGUUUAGGACCAGACUGCCACAUUUCAUUCCACUCUUGCAUCAGCCAGUCAAAGAUGAGGAGGAGGUUCCAGUCUCAGAUAUUCUCCCGACAUCUGGUUCUCGGAGUAAUUGA